CCCUGAAGCUGGGUUUUUAGCUUUCCCCCCUUCCUGUACUGCUACUUGUAUUUUUUGUGCAAGCACACGUGAUCAGAUGAAAAGACUUGCAGCAGGGCCUCUCUGACGGAGGCAGUCACAUUCAGGAACAGCAACGCACUUCAUAGGCCGACCAGUACACUCAAGGAUUGUGCAGAGGUGUGGUCUGUCGAUUGCACUUUGAGUGCAUACAACGGUCUCAACCUUUGCUUUGUAGCUUUGUGGUAGUCUCAACUCAACUUUGUUUCACUUCUGUUCUCUAUUCAGUCCUUGAAUCCGACAUGCCGCCAAAAACAGCAACCAGUCUGGGCUACGUUCCACCAGAUGGAGGUUGGGGCUGGGCUGUCGUCUUUGCAGCCUUCAUCUCCAUCGGAUUUGCCUAUGCCUUUCCCAAGUCACUCACCAUCUACUACAAAGAGAUUCAGGAAUAUUUUUCAGUUUCCUACAGCCAGAUUGCCUGGGUUUCCUCAGUCAUGCUUGCAUCAAUGUAUGCUGCAGGGCCUGUGAGCAGCAUUCUUGUGAAUCGCUAUGGCAGCAGACCUGUGGUCAUGGUUGGUGGGCUCAUGGUUGGCUGUAGUAUGGUGCUCGCCUCUUUUGGAACAACUAUUUUCCAUCUGUAUAUCUGCAUUGGAGUAAUUGGAGGUUUUGGCCUUGCCUUCAAUCUGCAGCCGGCUCUGACCAUCAUUGGAACCUACUUCCACGUGAAGAGACCGAUGGCGAACGGGCUGGCGAUGACAGGAAGUCCAGUGAUUCUGUUCAGUCUGGCUCCUCUCAAUCAGUUUCUCUUUGAUUCUUUUGGAUGGCGAGGAAGUUUCCUCAUCCUGGGAGGCAUUGUUUUGAACUGCUGUGUCGCCGGUUCUCUGAUGAGACCCGUCAACAAAAAAGACCAACACGAACGAAAAACUGAGGUAGAAGAGAGCAAUGAAGCAGAGGAAGUGUCCGUAGAUAACCAUGCUGUGGAAAGCCAACAUGAGAGCAAGAAAAAGGGAUGCACGCAAGGGUUUAUAGACGUCUCGCUUUUCAAACACAGGGGAUUCCUCAUUUAUCUCAUCGGUAAUGUGGUCAUGUUUUUUGGCUUUUUCGCACCUGUGGUCUUCUUAGCUCCGUAUGCCAAACAUCAAGGCACUGAUGAAUAUUCAGCAGCAUUCCUGCUCUCCAUCUUUGCGUUGGUAGACAUGUUUGUUAGACCAGCAACUGGCUUCAUCGGCAAUACAAAGUGGAUCCGACCAAGAAUCCAAUAUCUAUUCAGUUUUGCUGUCUGCUACAAUGGAGUGUGUCACCUGAUGUGCCCACUGGCGUCUGGAUAUGUGGGCCUUGUUGUUUAUGCCAUCUUUUUUGGGAUGGCAUUCGGGAUGGUCUGUUCUCUGCUCUUUGAGGUGUUGAUGGACCUGGUGGGAGUUCAUCGCUUCUCCAGUGCAGUUGGACUCGUCACCAUCAUCGAGUGUGGCCCAGUGCUUCUUGGCCCUCCACUUUCAGGAACUCUCGUUGAUAUUUUUGGAGACUACAAGUAUAUGUUCUACGCAUGCGGUGUGUUUAUGCUGGUGCCGGGCAUAUUUUUCUUCAUCAUGCAUUAUUACAACUACAAGAGGCUGGACGAGGAGCAGAGGCGUCGGUUGGCUGUGGAAAUGAGGACUAGUGAAGCUUGCAGCUUAAAAUGAAACAGGGUGAAACACAUGUAUGAAUUUAAUAGGUAUAAUUUAAUGUGAGUGAUUUUAGUGCACAGGCAUGAUGCUGCAUCGGUUUCCCUGCAGGACAUACGUAGUACUGUAAAGAUUUUUUUCUACCUCAGAUUACAACUGUAGACUCUUUAUGACUUGAAUGAAUAUCUGUAGAUUCAUUUUUGUUAUUUCAGUAUGUGUGUCUGCAGUUGCCUUUUGUCUCAAAACGUAAGGAUAAGACCAAGCGUGCCUGUGUUUACAGUAUCCGUCAUCUCCCUACAGCUAGAGGGCAGCAGGCACUAAAAUGUAUUUUAUGUAUUUUCUAACAAUUGUAACAGUUCAAACCUAAGGUGUGGUUUAUUUGUUUCAAACAUGCUUAACAAGUUACAUGGUUAGAUUUGCACAAUUCAGCAUGUCUGAAAAGGAGUAGGAAGAAGCAAAGCUUAUUCAAGCCUACCCUUUCACCAUGUCUAUGACCGAUCAUUCAUUCACGCCAUAACUUUCACAGGUUGGCACUUACAAUAUGUCAUUUAAAUUGUGUUGUGUUUGUCCUGUCCUGUGUGUUCAAACCACUAUUAAAGAAAAAUUAAUAUAAUUGAAAAAUAAAAAUAGAAAAAAUAAAUUUAAUGUAAUAAAAUAGGAAUAAAAUGUUAAUGAUAAAUAGGAAUAAGUCGGAAUGACUGCAUACAUUACAUUAAAAAAGUACAUCAAAAACAUUGAGGUAUAAGUAUAUGAAUACUAGAGAAACAUUCGAUAAGUGGUAACUGAAGGACUGAACAAUUAUUAUACAUGUUGGAGAAGUAUUAAUUUGGUACACCUAAACAAGCUAAUGGAAUCCAUUAAAAGAGCUCGACAAAAUAUGCUGAUGCUCUUUUUAAGACAGGGGUGUGUAGUACCUGCAGCAGCGUCGCUGGCUCUCUUCCGUAGACGGUCAGCAUAUUUGACUGCAAAUCUGAGAGAAGGGUGACUACAAUUCUGUGUGCUGUACUCACAAUGGAUUAAAAUAUUUAAUCAUGAUUAAUCACAUUUUGUCCAUAGGUAAUGUGUGAUUAAUCACAAUUAAUCGCAGAUAGGAUUUUUAAAAUCUACAAUAAGUGUACCGUGCAAAGGUCCUUUUUUUAGGCUUUACUACUCCUGUCAACAUGGGACUGGACAAUAUGUUGGCUUUAUGCAAAUAUGUAUUAAACCUUGUGUUCAUUUUAAACAGCUCAAGACCUUUAGUUCAAGACCUGAGUGUAUAAAAACACACACACAAUGUACAACAAGUAGACAUUGGUAUGGUAAAAUGUCUCUCUCCAAGCCAAUAAUCUCACAAAAUAGAACUGUCACUAACAUCACCAAUGAAGCUUCACAACACACCCAACAACUAAGUGAAAUGAAAACAGGGUGUUAAAUAAAUCAUGUCAACCCACAAAAAAAUAAAGUGCUCAAGAACAGUCGCCCAUAUAGUGCAGUCAGGCAAUUUUUCAUACUUACACUUUGAAACAGUCUUUUACACACACACACACACACACACACACACACACACACACACACACACACACACACACACACACGACUUCAACAGCAACAUGCAGGUUUUAUUCUGUCCUCUUUUAACAAGAACAGCAGUUCAAGAAGAAACGCUAAUAAAUCGCUAAUAAAUAAUAAUAAUGACGCUAAUAAAUUCACUCACAAGCCUUUACUGCUAUCACAGUGAGCUGCUCACUUGUUAGCUCACAUCCAUAUUUGGCCCUGCAUAGAUGGUACAAGCCCAUCAAUAGAUGUUUUCGGCUAUACCUGCCGGUAACUAGGAUUUCGUAACCCAAUUCAAAGGAAAAAACAUGGCUCGUGCCUAAAAAAAACUCAUUAGUUAGGACACUCCUA